AUGCACUGGGUGCAGAGUAAGCAGACAAGUGGUGAAAGCUGGGCUUUCAAGCAGACAGUGGGGUUUGUGCGGAAUAGCCAUGGCAAUGGGGAGUGGGGUUGUGACGAUGCUGAGAUUUUGGGAGCUUUGAAAAAGAGCCGCGCCGUGAAAGUGAAUGGACGAUACAGCUCUGUUGAGAAUACUCCCAAAGAGUUUGUAGAGCUCUUGUGUGGAGGGGCACGGCACAUCGGACAAGACAUUCGGAAGGAGCUCGCCAUCAGCGGCUUCGUGCUGCCAAAAUAUGCCAGCGAACAAGAGUUUCAGGGGCUGAAUCGGACCAAUGACGACCUGCACUACAAGGUCGUUAGCUUCGAAGGAGAAACAUCUGAGCUGGGGGUUGCAGACGGUCUUCCACAUGAGCCACAGCAUAACCAAGCCAUCUUCAGUGUGUUGACGGAACUCGGCUACAAGCCCUUUGCUCCACAAUCGUCGAGUGAGGGUGACGGGAAGCCAGACGUUAUGGUCAACAUUUCUGAGGAGACGUUUGUCAUGGAGGGCACCAAGAGCACGAUCAACGAUCACCUUAAGCGCUUUGAGACGCUAGAAAUGUACAAGAAAGCCAAGCACAAGGGCUUAUACAUCAUCGGCAACGACAAUGAGAGGAUGGAGAAGACUGUGAGGGAGACUGGAGGAGGCGAUGUCCAACUCAUAGGCUUGGUCCCCAACAUCGCCCACACCGUCUACACUGUUCACGUGAAGAGCAAGGGCAUCAAAUGCAUCAACACCUUCAGAGUGGACUGCGACCUCGUGGCAAGGAGGUUGGUGCUCAAAAACGAUGACAAGCCUGAGCUCUACAGCGUCCAAUCGUUGAAGAGGGUCAACCUGUCUCCAAAAGCUCAGAGCA